AUGAAGUCCAUCAGCAUUAUCCUUACCCUUGCUGUUACGACUUUUGCUUUCCCUGCGCUCAAGCCACACGUUCGCCGUACCAACCAAGUCAUUUCCGUAGUUGUCGGUGGCACUCAAGAUACCUUUGUCCCCAACUCAGUCAUCGCCGCUGUCGGCGAUAUUGUCCAAUUCCAGUUCAGCAACGGCAAUCACACUGUCACCCAGUCGACUGUUGAUCAAGCAUGCACGCCAAUGGAAGCAGGUGUGCACAGCGGACACAUCCCUUUCAAGGACGGCCAAACAGAAGUUGGCACGUUCAACAUGCCUGUUACAAGCACUGGUCCUAUGUUCUUGUACUGCGCCACCGGACCACAUUGUCAAAGGGGACAAGUCAUGGUCAUCAACCCUGCAAAUGCGCGACAAGUAGCAGAAUAUGCCAAAAUUUCCCAAGCAACGGAAAAGAGCACAGAUGGCGGUGAGCCCGUCGGCGGUACAGUAGGAAAGCUCGCUCUGGACCAGGCUGCCUUCAUACCUGCUCCUCCUGAGGACGCUGCUGGAGGCGCGCCGCCUGCUGCACCGCCCGCUGCUGAGGCACCACCAGCCGAAGCACCGGUUGGGACAACUACUGCUAUGAGCGAGCCACCAGCCGUGGAGACAUCUGCUGCGGGGAGCAUUGCUGUGCCUGCCGAGACUACAGCAGCUGAUAGUGCUGCGGCACAUGCGGAGACUUCAACUGCUGGAGGCGAACAGCCAGCUGCUUCGACGACAGCUGCGGACGCCGCAGCGACCGCAUCUGCAUCGCCAACAUCAUUCGUCUUCUAG